UAUUUGUUUAACACACAGAAUCAACCAACAUUUGAACAACAUAACAACCUCUCGUAUGGUACCAAAUUAUAAUAUGAUGUCUACAUUUGCUGCGCCACCACCAAUAUCAAAAUUUUCUUUUCCGAAUCCAUAUGGAAUGCGUUUUAUGCCCGGAAAACCUAUCGAUCCAAUCUUAUUAGCACCACAUCUCAUGAAUGGCAUUGUACCAAUGGCUCUAUCAUUCAGUGUUGGCUAUUUUCUAUUACGAUUAUUUACAUUGGGAUUAUUUUUUGUGGAAAAAGAACUUUUAUUAGCAUUUCCUUAUGGUCAUUAUAGGAUAGAUGAUAAAAAUUCAAUGGCAAUGGAUAACAUGGCGAAUAUUUGGAGACGAAAUGAUUUGACAACUUCAUCAUCAUCAUCAUCAUCACAAACAGGACCAUUAUUAUUACACCUUUACAAUAAAGCUAUGGACAAGUAUAAUUAUCCUCAUGAUUCUGAACAACGUCAACAACAAAUCGGCAAACAACAUGAAUGA